AUCUUAUAGCUGGUAAUUACUGGUUGGAUGUGACUGCCAAAGUUUGGUGAGCGCUGUGUUGUUGUGUAUCAUAUUCAUAUCAUACUUAAAUACUCAAAGAUGGCAUGGAACUUCAGCAGCGCUUCUCUGGCUACUGCAAUCGCAAUAAUAUUUCUCACGUUGUUGUGGAAGAUGGUGAAUUACCUAUUAAGUAAAUCAAACAUUCCAAGCCCUAAAGGAGAUUGGUUUAUAAUCGGGCAUCUCUUUGAAAUUAGGAAAAGCAAAGACAUCAUCGAAACAAUCGACAAUUGGGCGAGAACGUGUGGACCGAUUUUUCAAUGUCGCACGCUUGGGAUAUUUGGUAAAACAGUCUACGUGGUUAGUGAUAUUGAAGCUGUAAAACAAGUACUGGUAUCCAAGUCAUAUAAAUACGGCAAACCUGGCUCGCUACCAGCUAUCCCUUUCCUCCCAACAAAAAGCCUGGUGUUUGCAAAUGGAAAAGAACACGUCAGAAUGAAGAAAAUGAUUAAACCCAUAUUUAAUGUGAGCAACUUGAAAUCGAUGCCUAAAAUUUUUGAGGAAAAGGCCAAUUUACUAGCAGAGUAUUGGGUAGACACAAUAAAUGGGACUUCAAAGAGUAACAAAGAAAGUCGUUUGCCCGUGGAAAGCGAUUUGUCUCGCUUGACUUUAGAUGCGUUAGGUAAAUCUGUAUUCGGCUGUAACAUUAACUCCAUAGAAAACGACGAUACUUCAGAAAUUCGUGCAUUUACCGAUCUGCUCGAUGGUAUAAAUCCUUCAGUAAAUACAUUGAUGGGACGACUCUUGAGCUACUUCCCAUUUCUUCAAUGGCAUACAGAAAGUCUCGAAAAACGUCGAAAAGCAAUGGAAAUCAUUACGAAACUCGUGAAACAGACAAUCGCAGGUAAACUUGAAAAGAAAAUCGACCAGAGCACCGCACAAAAGAACCUGCUAGAUCUUCUUCUCGAAGCGGUCGAUGACGAAACAGGUGAAGGUAUGGAUGAGGAGGAAUUAUUUUCUCAGGUGUUUCUAUUUCUACUCGCUGGGUACGGAACAAGCGCGACCACCUUGUCAUGGAUACUUUUUUUCCUUGCCCAAUACCCUGAGGUACAAGAAAAACUUCGCCAGGAAGUUGAAGUUACAUUAAAUGAGAAAGAAGAGUGCUGGGAAACCUAUGAUUCGAUGAAGUACCUUACAUCCGUGAUUAACGAAUCACAGCGUCUUUGUCCUGUCUCACCUCUGUUUCGUAGAGUAGUACUACGAGAAGACAAAAUCUUAGGUCACAACAUACCUGCUGGUUCCUUGGUUUUGGUACCCGUUUUCUCUCUUCAUCGUAAACCAGAAUAUUGGUCGGAUCCAGAAACUUUCAAUCCGGAGAGAUUUUUGGAGCCAAAUAGACAAGAUAAUCCCAACCACCGUUAUGCAUUCAUUCCAUUUUCCUCUGGUCCUCGAAGCUGCAUUGCCUAUAGAUUUGCUUUGAUGGAGAUGAAAAUCGUACUUUCUAUCCUUAUCCGAAAAUUUUCAUUUUCAAUGAUUCCUGGAAUGUCGUUUAAAGGCUCCAUGUUCGGUAUCUACAAACCUACGCCCAAUUUGGAGCUAUUGGUGCGAAAGAUUGUAGAGUAAGGGGAGAUCGAAAACCAAGG